UUAUACACCGUUUCCUAUAGAAUGUUGCAGAUCCAACCUGUAAUUUUUCAGCACAAACAGACACACUUUGAGAAAAUAUACUAACAGAUCAACACCAUGAAUUUUGGCUCAGAUUAUGUCUUUGCCUACGAAAGCUUGGAGUAUGAAGUCAUAUCUGAUGAAGAGUAUGAAUUGGGUAUGCAGGUCAGUGAUUCUGACUCCGACUCAGACUCCGAUGUGACUUUUGGUGAUAGCAUAGUAAAUGUAUCACCGGCACCACUUGCUGGCACUUCAUCUCUAAAUCCUUCUGUGCCUGGUCCUCCUAUCCUGCUUGCAGCAAAUUCAUCCGGAGAAAGAAAGAGAUCUCAAAAGCAAAAGCGAGGACAUUGGAGAAGUGCACCUCUAGGAGAUGCUAAACCAGAAUUUCCAAAAGUCCCUCAAAAAGGGCGAAGAGAAAGACGAGCAGACACCAACAUUGUGUCAAUCGACUUUCAGACCUUAGUUACGCCCAGCGACAUGCACACUGGCGAUGCUGUGUACUGUAAUAACUGUCAGGCAAUCCUGUCCCACCUGUGUAAGCUGGAGGACCAAGGGGAGGUCAAGGUGUGGAAGUGUGAGUUCUGUGGUCAUAAGAUGGAGGUGGACAUUAUGGAGGAAGAAAAACCAACUCGGGAUGAUGUGACCUUUAUGUUGACCCCUGCUUUGUCAACCACAAGUAGUGGACCAAAGGGCACCAACAACUCACUGGUCAUUUUUUGUAUAGAUGUCUCUGGCAGCAUGUGCAUCACAACAGAGGUACCAGGUAAAUUGAAACUGAGAGGCGGAGGUAGUGCUCGACAUGUUCGCCGUAUGCAGGAUGACCGCCAUGACCAGUUCUUACCCAACCAGAACAGAAAUGUGACAUUUGUGUCAAGACUACAAGCUGCACAAGCUGCUGUUGACCAGCAACUGGAAGAGAUGUCCAAAAACCACCCAAACAGAAGAGUGGGCUUAAUUAUUUUCAAUAGUGAGGUUGUUGUAGUCGGGGAUGGGAAGUCCACACCGGUUGUCAUUGCUGGGGACAAGCUAACAGAAAAAGAGGAGUUAGUAAAGAUAGGCACUGACCUGCCAUGCCCGGGGGACAUCAGAACUACACGUGCAACACUCAGCACCAAAAUCUUUGAGCUAGAGGAAGGGGGUGCUACAGCUCUAGGACCUGCCUUACUUGUUGCGUCAACGAUGGCCUCCCAACAACCUGGGUCUAAGGUGAUAAUCUGCACUGAUGGGCUGGCAAAUGUUGGCCUUGGUCGACUGGAUAUUUCCACAGCAGAUGUACAGGAGAGCUCCCUUGACUUUUAUGAGAGUGUUGCUGACACUGCUGCAGAUAAGGGAGUGUCUAUCUCAGUGAUUAGUAUGAAGGGCACAGACUGUAAGAUGAUUCAGCUUGGUAAAGUGGCAGACAAGACAGGAGGACAGAUAAACAUAGUGGACCCUCUGAAGCUGACACAAGAAUUUUCAACGAUUCUGGAAGGUCGUAUCAUAGCAACAAAUGUGGUGGCCACAUUCAUCCUACACAAACAGCUGUUUUUUCAUUAUGAAGACACAGAAGAAAGCAAAGUUGUGAAAAGUGUUGGAAAUGUAACCUCUGACACUGAGAUUACUUUUGAGUAUGGUGUUAGAACCAAGUCAAAUAAAGACAAAGAUCAGUCCACUGCUCCUUCAAAUCAAGUACCACAAGAGGGUGCUACAGGAGGUCAAAGUUCAGAAGGAGCAGGUCAAAGUUCAGAAGGUUCAGUUCAAAGUUCAGAAGGAACAGGUCAAAGCUCAGAUGAUGAUGCUGAACAUCCAAAAGAGAUGCCUUUCCAGCUGCAGGUGAAGUACACUGAUGUAGAUGGUGCUACUGCACUCCGUGUCCUCACCAAGUCCAAGCCUGUCACUAAGGAUAGAAAGCAAGCUGAGAAAAAGAUGAAAAUGGAUGUGGUUGCUAAACACACAGCUCAAGUAUCAGCCAACCUAGCACUAGAUGGCAAGUACACACAGGCUCGUAGCAGGGCACUUAUGAACCAGAGACUUGCCUGGAGACACAAGAAGAGUGACACCCAUGAGAGCAAGUCUGAGAGAAAGGCAGCCCACGAAACCUAUGAAGCAGUGUUUGGGAAGGUCAGAUCAGUGGAGAACUACCUCAACAUGGCACAGAAGAGGGAGACAGCUUCUAAAGGGAGAACUUAUAGUGAUGAUGAAGAAGAUGAUUAUGAAAGCAAAGUUGAAUAUCUAGCCCCAGGGUACUCUGUACCCGCACCUACAGAGAAGAGUGGAUCCCUUUUUGGAAGGAAGAAAAAAAACAAAAAGAUGUUGAAGGUAUCUAGGACAACUGAAACAUCCGAUGAGGCUGCUCAAAUGCUGUAUGAACUCAAGAGUGCCAGCAAGGUUAUGAAGAAGUAACAUUCCAAACUGUUUACCUUAACUCUGCAGGAAACAUGGCAGAUAAGGCAGCAUAAACAGCUCUACUGACUUCCUGCAUAUUGUCACUUUUAUUGUGCCCUAUUUCUUAGCCCAAUUUGUCAUAUUUUUGUACAUCGCCUUCGUACGCAUGGAAGAUAUUGCUUUAUUAUAUGAGAAGUAAGACUGUUUAAAAAUUGGAUUUGUUUACAGACUAUUGUGAAUAUUUAAAUCUGGACCUGUGAACUAUUUCUAAUUAGUCGACUUCUUUUUUAAUGAUCUUGAAUAAUUCUUCAUAUUUAUAGAUAAUGCAACUGUCUGUGGUUUCUUCACUCAUACAUACAUAAAUAAAUCAAACUGUGAUAUAGUUAAUUGUUAACUGCAUGAUAUAAAAGUACAAUUUAUCUUCAUUUGUUUAGGAAAUAAGUUAACUACUGUAAGUACUUCACAUGCAUCUUAGUAAUAUUGACUAAGUUUUAGAUAUUACUGCAUUUCAUUUUUUCAUGCAGUUAUUUCUGGACUAGAUGUUGGAUUCCCUGUGUGUAUUAAAUAAGCAAACAUUUGAUAUUCACUUUUAAUGAUCAAGAUUUAAAGAUACCAAAAUUUUAAUAUAUUUCUGUUUAUGUAUCUUGUUAUAUAUUGUAAGAUUUUUUUUUUGACUUUUUAUACAUGGGGUAUUUUGAUUUUGUUAAACCAGAGCAGGUUGUAUAAUAUCACUUAAUGUUUAUUUGCACCUGUUGUGAUGUGUACUGGUAUUUUAUGUAAAAAAUGUACAAAAUUGAUGUCUUUCUGUGCUUGUGUUGAGUUGUCAUUUUUUUUCUUUAUCACACAAUAUCUAAGCAGUUAUUAAGUCCUAACUAUACUGUAUACAUGGAAGAUCGUGUCCCAAUUACAGCAUGCUUAGCUGGCUAAAACAUGUCUGCAACCAAUUAGACUGAAGGAAAAUAUACUGUAUAGAAACCUGAAUUCAGGAUUUUUUUUUAUUUUAUCGACUCAUAUUAAGGCGCUUCAGUAUACCACUGUGCAUUUUCCUAAAAUUCAGUGAAAACCUGCGUUAUAUAUACUUGGUUCCUUGAAUAUUUUUGAUAUUUUGUUGUUGUACUGGGUGUAAUAGACCAGAGUCGGAUGUAAAAUAUGUUCGUCUUUGAAUGGAUUGCAGAAAGUACACACAAGUAAAAUGAUUUAUUUUUGUCACAUUCAGACUCCCAUUGUUCUAGAUCGUUAAGGGUAUGCAUGUCUAACAAGGGACAUAUUUUAGCCAUUUUAGUCACGAAGAUGCAAUGAAUUCCAUUUGCUCCUUUUCAUUAUCUGUUCUGGGAGCUUUAAAAAUAGACCAUUUUUCUUAUGUCAGGAAUCAUCAUAUUACAACGCAUGAAAUGCACUCAGAUUUUGAUAAUUACAAAUAAAAUGUUGAAUUUUUAA